UGGACAGACAAAUGCGGCGCAGCCUUCCGUCUGCCCAGUCUUUACAGCUCGUACCUCACCGAUUUACAUCAGCGCUUUAGUGAGAAUUCACAUCUAGGUAUACGCUUUUUUUCCAUCAGUCUUGUUUCAGAACAUGAGGUCGUUUGGUACUGCAGCCAUGCUCCUGCUGGUCCCCUGAUUCGCGAAGCAGCCGCCUGCUUCUCCCGAGCUCAGGAUGUCCAGUAGCUCGGGCUACCCCGCUGGCCAGGGGGGCUCCAGUGGCGAGCAGACCCGCUACCCACCCCACUCCGUUCAGUACACCUUCAGCAACGCACGGCACCAGCAGGAGUUUGCCGUUCCAGACUAUCGUUCCCACUCACAGGACCCUCAGGGCCGGAGAAGACCCUCAUUGCUGUCAGAGUUUCACCCAGGAGCUGAAAGGCCGCCGGAGAACUGCCAUGGCUUCGAGAUGCAGUUCCUCUCCUUCACCGCCCAGGCCAUGGAGCAGUUGGAGGCCAAACGGCCCCGCAUGGAGACCAUCUCCGAGUCCCACAUCGCCCGCGCCCCUUCCACCACCGGGGGCAUCAUCAUGCCCCUGCCCCACGCGGUCCAGGACAGCCUCAGGGCCAACAUGGAGGUGAAGAAGGAGUCCCAGUACAGCAUCAAAAUGGAGACCUCGUCCCCAGGCGGGCAUGCGUCCCACCUGGGGGAGGACCAGGACACGUCCCCCUCCAAGCUGUCCAAGGAGGAGCUGAUCCAGAGCAUGGACCGUGUGGACCGGGAGAUCGCCAAAGUGGAGCAGCAGAUCUUCAAGCUGAAGAAGAAGCAGCAACAACUGGAGGAGGAAGCCGCCAAGCCAGUGGAGCCCGAAAAGCCUGCGACUCCUCCCCCGGUGGAGCACAAGCAUCGCAGCAUCGUGCAGAUCAUCUACGACGAGAACAGGAAAAAAGCAGAGGAGGCCCAUAAAGUAUUUGAGGGUCUAGGCCAGAAGGUUGAGCUGCCCUUAUACAAUCAGCCGUCGGAUACCAAAGUGUACCAUGAGAACAUCAAGACUAACCAAGUAAUGAGGAAGAAGCUGAUUCUGUUUUUCAAGCGGAGGAACCAUGCUCGUAAACAGAGGGAGCAGAACAUCUGCCAGCGCUACGACCAGCUGAUGGAGGCCUGGGAGAAGAAGGUGGAGCGGAUGGAGAACAACCCGCGGCGGAAAGCCAAGGAGACGCGGACGCGCGAGUACUACGAGAGGCAGUUCCCCGAGAUCCGCAAGCAGCGGGAGCAGCAGGAGCGCUUCCAGAGGGUUGGCCAGAGAGGAACGGGUCUAUCUGCCACCAUAGCAAGGAGCGAGCACGAGAUCUCCGAAAUCAUCGACGGCCUUUCUGAACAGGAGAACAACGAGAAGCAGAUGAGGCAGCUGUCCGUCAUCCCCCCCAUGAUGUACGACACGGAGCAGCGGCGGGUGAGGUUCAUCAACCUCAACGGCCUCAUGGACGACCCCAUGAUCGUGUACAAAGCCCGGGGCUUCAUGAACGUCUGGACGGAGCACGAGAAGGAGAUCUUCAAGGAGAAGUUUCUGCAACAUCCCAAGAACUUUGGCCUCAUUGCUUCUUACCUUGAGAGAAAGUGUGUGUCAGACUGUGUCCUCUACUACUACCUCACCAAGAAGAACCACAACUACAAGACUCUGGUGAGACGCAACUACGGCAGGCGGAGAGGGAGGAACCAGCAAAUCACACGUCCCUCGCACGAAGACAAGGUAGAAGAGAAAGCCGAAGAGGACAAAUCCGAAAAGGCAGAGAAGAAAGAGGACGAGGAGAAGAAAGACGAGGAAGAAAAAGAUGAGAAGGAGGAAUCCAGGGACAUCGGUAAGGACAAAGACAAGUGCGACGGCGGGGAGGACGAGGACGGCAAGGAGCAGAGCACGCCGCGCGGCAGGAAGACGGCCAACAGCCAGGGCCGCCGCAAGGGACGGAUCACCACCCGCUCCAUGGCCAACGAGGCCGCCGCCGAGGAGCCUUCGCCUCCCUCCUCCUCCUCCGCCGCCGAGCCCGGCCCCCCUGAGCCCCCGCAGGCCUCCAAGGUGGAGCCAGUCCAGAAGAGCGGCAAGGAGCCCCCCAAGCCCCAGACACCACUGGCCGCUAUGGAAGCCAAUAAAGCUGGCACCGUUGAAACUGGAGAAACUUCUCGCUGGACCGAGGAGGAGAUGGAGGUCGCCAAAAAAGGUUUGGUGGAGCACGGACGAAACUGGACGGCCAUAGCCAAAAUGGUGGGCACCAAAAGCGAAGCGCAGUGCAAGAACUUCUACUUCAACUACAAGCGGCGACACAACCUCGACAACUUACUCCAGCAGCAUAAACAAGACACGCGGCGGGCGAGGGCGGACAUGUCCCAAGGCGAAGGCCUGGCCACGGCGUCGGCCGACGAUGACGAGGACAACCAGGACGACAGCGAUGCCGGGGACAACAGCUCGGACACCGAGAGCGCUCCCUCGCCCUCGCAGGCCGACCCCUCCAAGGCUGGCGACGGCAAGAGGGCCGACGGCGGGGCGGCCAACAGCCACCCCUCGGAGCAGGACCAGGCCCAGGGCGCGGCCCAGAGCCAGGGCGCGGCCCAGGCCGGGGGCGCGGCGGCGGGCCCGAGCUCCAAGGCCCAGGAGAUGCCCUACGGCGAGCUGAGGGUCAAGCAGGAGAAGAGCCCCGAGGGCGACGGGGGCACCCCGGAGGAGAGGGCCAGGGCGGCCCCGUACACCGGCGUGCUGCACCCCAAGACGGAGCCCCAGGACCUGGAGCUGAGGAGCGGCGGCGGCGGCGGCGGGGGGGAGGUCCAGGUAAAGGUGGAGCCCGAGGCCAAAGAGCGAGGGGACAAGGGCCAGCCGGACGAGCGGCAGAGGGAGCUCCACUCGGACAACGACUCCAGCGCCACCUGCAGCGCCGACGAGGAUGUGGAGGCGGAGCCCGAGAGGCAGAAGAUGUACACCUUGGACAAGCCUUCGAUGCUGGGGCCCCCGGGGUCCGUGCUGGUCUCCUCCAAGCUCAACAUGCAGCAGCUGCAUCACCGCGCCGCAAACAUACCCCCCAUGGUGCAGGGUCCCUACGGGCCCGGGGCCGUGCCCGUCAGUGGCUUCACUAUGUUCCAGCACCAGAUCAAGGCGGUGCAUGAGUCCGCCCACCAGGAGGACAAGCAGAGGCAGGACCAGGGGGAGCCCGACCGCCGGCCCCCCAGCCACCCCGCCUUCAGCACGCGAGAUGGUAAGCCCUACCCCUUCAUGCCUUUUGAUAUGAAGCUGGCUCUGGAGCAGGAGGCCCAGUCAGGCCGGCCUGGCUCCCCCUACAGGCUCUGCCCCAGGGAGCUGAGCAAGGCCUCUGCCCAGUCCGACCCCAGCGCCCCCAAUGUCUCCCGCUACAGUGUGCCUCCAGUCCUGCACCCGACGCCCAGCCAGACGGCCCAGGACAUGCCGGAGGCCGUGCGGGUGUCGUUCAGGCACAGCCGGCCCCCAAACAUUCCAGCUCCGCCGCCCCUCAUUCCCACCUCCAAGCACACGGACAAGCCCUCCUUCAUCCAGGGCGGCUCCAUCUCCCAGGGGACUCCCGGCACGUACCUCCCCUCACACGCCCUCUACGGGCCAGAGGGCACCAAGAGCUCCGUGGGCUCCAUAUCGCUGGGCCUGCCCCGACAGCAGGACCACAACAAGCCUGGCUCCAUGCAAUCCGUCCAGGAUGGGAGAGGCAACCCAGGCAAGAUGGGCGAGGGCCUGGCCUAUGGGCGCGGAUCGAUUACCCAGGGUACUCCUGCCAUGCCCCAGUCCAGCAUCGCUGCUGACCUGCUGAAGGGCACCAUCACCAAGCUGGCCACCGAGGACAUGAGCAGCCCAGACAAGAGCGGCCGGGGGGAGCAGAUGCCCAAAGGUCACGUCAUCUACGAGGGCAAGAGCGGCCACAUCGUCUCCUACGACGCCAUCAAGAACCCCAGGGAAGCCACCCGCAGCCCCAGGGCCGGCCACGACCUGAAGCGCUCCUGUGACAUGAUGGAGGGCCCCACGGGCAGAGGUCUCCCCGGCCGAGACGGAGCUCCGUUUGAAGGAUUGAUGGGCCGAGCGUUGCCUAGAGAGGGUCUCCAUGGAGAUUCUAAAGAGAGGCCUUUCAUCACUGGAUCCAUUAUGCAAGGGACCCCCAGGACGUCGGCCGAGGCCUACGACGACAGCCCCAAAUACAAGCAGAUCAAGAGGGAGAGCCCGCCCAUCCGCUCCUUCGACGGGGGCAUCGGCAAGGGCAAGCCGUACGACGCGGUCAACACCAUUCAGGAGCUGGGCCGCUCCAUCCACGAGAUCCCCCGCCAAGACCAGUCCGGCGGGGACAGCCGGAAGACCCCCGACAUGGCGGACCGAAGGGUUUUGGAGGGACCCAUGUCCCAGAUCCAUUCUGUGAACCAGCCCGCCAUCAAGCACAACGUCAAGUCCCUGAUCACCAGUCCAGGCAAGAUGCCCCACGGUCUGCCCCAGCUGGAGGCCAUGGAACGGGCCAAGUACGAGGAGAGCAAGGGCGGGCCGGACCGCGUGCGCCAGUCCGUGGUCAACUCCACCGGCGUGCUGCGCUCCACCCACCAGGAGGCCAACAGGACCCAGCUCAGCCCCGGCAUGUACGAGGACGCCAACGCCCGCAGGACCCCCGUCAACUACAGCACCAACUCCCGGUCGUCGCCCAUGCUCGGACGCGCCCCAGACGGAGGCAUCAGCUCCGGGAAGGCCGUGUCCCACGAGAGGAAGAGUGUCAUGACCCCCACGCCGAGGGACAACGUGCCGGCCAAGUCCCCCGUGUCCGAGCCGGUGGCCUCCCACAGCCCCUUCGACCCCCACCUCCGCCCCAUGGUCCCCGGGGAGGUGUACCACCUGCCCCCGCACCUGGACCCCGCCAUGGCCUUCCAGCGAGUCCUGGACCCCGGCGCGUACAUCUUCCCCCGGCAGCCGACGCCGGCGGGCUACCCCAACACCUACCAGCUGUACACCAUGGAGACCACGCGCCAGACCAUCCUCAACGACUACAUCACCUCCCAGCAGAUGCAGGUCAUCCCGCGGCCGGACCUGGCCCGGGGCCUGUCGCCGCGGGAACAGCAGUCCAUCGCCAUCCAGUAUCCGGCCGGCGCUCGAGGGAUAAUUGAUCUAGCCCAGAUGCCUCCAACUAUCCUGUUACCUCACCCUGGGGCAACAGGUUCCCCCACUAUGGAGCGAAUCGCCUACCUCCCCGGAGCUCAGCCCCCUUUCCCUCCUAGGCCCUUCAACCAAGCCUCCAUAUCGCCAGGCCACCUAGCCGCAGCAGCCAACGCCGCCGGCAUGGAGCGAGAGAGGGAAAGGGAGCGGGAGAGAGACCGGGAACACCGAGACCGAGAGCAGCGGGACAGAGAGCAGCGGGACCGGGAACACCGGGACCGCGAGCACCGGGACCGGGAACACCGGGACCGUGAGCAGCGGGAGCGCGAGCACCGGGAGCGAGAGAUGAGGGAGCGCGAGCAUCUGGCCGCCGCGGGCGCCAGCGCGUACAUCCGCAGUGGUUCAGAGCAGCCGGGCCGGCCGGUCAGCCGUGGUUACCUGCGCUCCCCGUCCCCCUCUGUGCGGACCCCUGAAGGCGUGGUCCAGCAGAGGCCCAGCAUCUUCCAGGGGACUAACAGCAAGAGCGUCAUCACUUCUCUCAUACCCCAGUCCUCUGCCUCUGCGGCGGCAGCGGCGCAGGCGCAGGCGGGCUCCCGCUACAGCACGGCGGCGGACGCCCUGGCCGCCCUGGUGGACGCGGCCGCCUCGGCCCCCCAGAUGGACGUGGCCAAGGCCAAGGAGAGCGGCAAGCAGCAGCAGGACCACCGCGACGACGACAUGGCCGCCCGGAGGGCCGCCACUCUCGCCGAGCACCAACAGCUCCAGCAGCACCAGCAGCACCAACAACAACAACAGCAGCAACAACAACAGCAGCAGCAGCAGCACCUCCACCAACAACAACAACAAGCUCUGCACCACCAGCAGCAGCUGCAGCAGCAGCAGCACCACCACCAACAGCAGCUGCAGCAGCAGCACCAGCAGCAGGAGGCGGAGCGGCACGCCAUGCAGGCCCAGUACGGCUCCAAGGACAAGGGCACCAAGGCCCGCAUCGAGGAGGAGCUGCGCACCCACGGCAAGACCACCAUCUCGGCCGCCAACUUCAUCGACGUCAUCAUCACGCGGCAGAUCGCCUCGGACAAGGACUCCCGCGAGAGGGGCUCCCAAAGCUCGGACUCCUCCAGCAGCCUGGCAUCCAACCGCUAUGACAACCCCAGCGGAGGCACCAUCGAGGUCAUCAGCCCCGCCAGCUCCCCGGUGCAGCCGCAGCAAGACAAGCCCGAGGAGAGGCAGCCGCAGCCACCCGCCCACCAGCGCCCCAUGUCUGGGCUAGCCCCCGCGGCGGGCAUGCGGCCCUUCGACAUGAGCCGCUACCGACAGCAGGGGGAGCCCCCCCACGCGGCCCCCCAGCAGCCGCCCUCCUCCCAGGGCGACGGCUACGCUCAGGUCCCAAAGACCCACCGCGUCAUGACCCUGGCGGACCACAUCUCGCACAUCAUCACCCAGGACUUUGCCCGGAACCAGGACCCUCCGGCCUCCUCUGCCUCCAGCACAUUCCAGAGCUCGGCGCCCCUGGUGUCCACCUCCAGCCGGGUCAAAGCCCCCAGCCGCUACAGUCCAGAGAACCAGGCCCCCCACCACCAGAGGCCCUCCAACAGGGUGUCCCCGGAAAACGCUCCCGACAAGCCCAGAGCCAGACCCGGGAAGUCUCCGGAGCGCGGCCGGCAGAUGGAGAACUAUGAGCCCAUCUCCCCGCCUCAGAGCUACCAGGACAAGCAGGAGGCGGCUGGCCCUCCGGCCCCCCAGAGGAGGCAGAACGACAACCCGGAGAUCAGGAGUGACUCCCGCUCUCCGGGGAACAUGUCCUACUUGCCCUCCUUCUUCACCAAGCUGGAGAACACCUCUCCCAUGGUGAAGUCCAAGAAGCAAGAGAUCUUCCGUAAAUUGAACUCCUCUGGUGUCGGGGAUUCUGAUGUUGGAAACGCACAGCCAGGCACCGAGAUCUUCAACCUGCCUGCGGUCACCAGCUCAGGCAGCAUCAAUGCCCGGAACCACUCGUUCAGCGACCCGGCUAACAACCUGGGUCUGGAGGACAUCAUCCGCAAGGCCCUGAUGGGCAACCUGGAGGACCGGCCGGACCAGGACCACCAGGGGGGGCCCGGCUCACAGCCGGCCAACAGCGAGGGCCGCCAGGAUGCUAAUCGCUCACCUAGCAUAGGUAAGCAGAAACCGCAGAGCAAGGCGGCGAGCCGGAAGUCCAAGUCGCCCAACCUAGGCCAGGGCUACGCCGGGGCGGAGCGGCCAUCCUCCGUGUCCUCCGUCCACUCCGAGGGCGACUACACCCGCCAGGCCGCCGCCGGCUGGCCCUGGGAGGACCGGCCCUCGUCCACAGGCUCCAUGCAGUUCCCCUACAACCCACUGACCAUGCGCAUGCCGCCCACCUCCAUCGCCUCUCCGGCCAUCCAGAGCCAGCAGCAGCAGCAGCUGGCUCCACCGCCCCCUGCUGGCCCCACGGCGCAACAGCAGCAGCAGCAGCAGAGGGUGUGGGAGCGGGAGCCUCUGCUGUCAGAGCAGUACGAGACGCUGUCGGACAGCGACGACUGAGCGGGCCUCCAACCGCCCACCCCCCCCCCCCCCCCC